GGGGCGAGAUGAUAAGGGAAAUUCUCAGCGGCCUUCUUAUAACACUCCUCCUCCUUGGAGGACGGUUGUGAGGUUGGGUUUUUGGCGCUGCCUUCUCGUCUUGUUUGACUUGUCCGGUGUGUGGUGCUUGUGGGCGGUCUGUCUCAGAUGGCAUGAAGAGUGAUGUUUCAUUUUAAAACAAGUCUUCUCAAAGGAAAACGUUCACAGUUGACCUCUGUCUUUAUAAGUAAUGCCGGUUCGGUUGCCUUUGGAGACAUAUGUUUACUUAGUAAUUAAUGCAAAAAGUCUUUGGGGUAAACAGAGGACCAAGCAGCUGUACUAUUUGUAUAGUCCUAAGUUUUUUUGGAAUAUAGGUGAUGGUGUUCCUUUUAGAGUUUUACACAUAAGCAAACCAUAUUAUAAAUGGACCAGAGGCAGAACGCUGUGGUAUAAUAAGUACUUCUUUUAUCACAACUUUUUGCAUUACAGAGUUUCUAAAUAUAGUACUUCCAAGGAACUGACAAAAGCAAGCAGUCGCAUGUCACGGUUUAAGAACACUUUGGAAUCUGUCUCAAAAGCUGUGUCCGGAACUCAUAGUGAACUGGUUUCACGGAUAGCUCGACUUAAGCCUUAUUCUGGUAUAUUGAACAGACCAGUUGAAAAUAAAGAAAAUAGUUUUUUUAUGAAAACAGAAAAUGACGCACAAGCCACAGAUCAAAGAAGUCAGGGAGACUUUGUUCAUAGCUCAGGUGACAGAAAGCCUGUGUCAGCCUUUGGAAGAAUAGAUUCCAAUCAAGAUUCUGUGAAAGAUCUCACAGAUAUUAAAAACAAUCUUUUUCAUGUUAGUUGCUUUGCUACAAGCUUUGGAGAAACAUACAACUUUCUAGCAAAUCACAUCAAUUGCUAUUUUAGUACUAGUGGCAUGGAUCAAGAGAAGAAUGAGAAUUCUUCCCCAUCUAAACCACAGAAUCGGGGAGAGAAAAAGCAGAAUUCACUAGAAGAUGAUACUUUGAGUAAUGAAAACAGGACAGAUGCUUCAUCUGCUCUAAUAGCUACAGCACAUUCUCCAGAUGCUGAAAAGGGUGAUGAUGUACCUGCCACUUCCAGCAAAAAGAGCAUUGCAAGUUUUCUUUCCUACCCUAGCAACAGCAUGCAGGCUUUUGUAGAUAGUUACAUUGGAGGCUUGGUGCCCAAGUUACGAUCUGAUCCCAAAUCUGCCCUGCAAGAAAAAAACAAAGUGCAGGAGCACGAGGAGGCUUUGAAAGAGGAUGAGGAGAGCAAACAGGCGGAAGAGAAAGAAAAGAGGUUGUCUCUUCAAAGGGAAAAGAUUAUUGCGAAGGUGAGUAUAGAUAACAGAACCCGGGCUUUAGCUCAGGCAUUACGAAGAUCAUCUAACAGAAGAGUCUGUAUCAACAGGGUUGAAGAGUUGACAUACCAUCUCUUGGAAUUUCCAGACAGCAGAGGUGUUGCUAUUAAGGAAAAAGUCAUUCCGUGCUUAUUGCAGCUAAGACAGUCCAAUGAUGAAGCUCUUCAGGCUGCUGUUAGAGAGGCUUUGGCUGUAAUUGGAUAUACAGACCCUGUAAAAGGAUGGGGCAUUCGAAUUCUCACAAUCGAUGGUGGAGGAACAAGAGGUUUAGUGGCACUUCAGAUUCUUCGUAAACUAGAAGAAAUUACUGGAAAACCUGUUCAUCAUCUUUUUGACUACAUUUGUGGAGUGAGUACAGGUGCUAUAUUAGCAUUCAUGUUAGGAUUAUUUCAUAUCCCUCUGGAUGAAUGUGAAGAACUUUAUCGCAAAUUAGGAACAGAUGUGUUUAAGCAAAAUGUCAUCGUUGGGACAGUUAAAAUGGGCUGGAACCAUGCAUUUUAUGACAGUGAAAUGUGGGAGAAGAUUCUCAAGGAGAGAAUGGGAUCAGAUGUGAUGAUUGAAACAGCAAGAAAUGCUAGAUGUCCUAAGGUGGCUGCAGUCAGCACCAUUGUGAGCAGAGGAACACCACUGAAAGCUUUUGUAUUUAGAAAUUACAAUCAUCUCCCAGGAGUCAAAUCUCACUAUCUUGGCAGUUGCCAGUAUAAAUUAUGGCAAGCUAUCCGAGCAUCAUCUGCUGCACCAGGGUACUUCCAGGAAUAUGUUCUGGGACAUGAGCUUCAUCAGGAUGGAGGACUGCUUUUAAAUAAUCCUACAGCAUUAGCAGUGCAUGAGUGUAAGUGUCUUUGGCCAAAUGUGCCUCUGCAGUGUGUAGUGUCCCUGGGAACUGGCCGAUAUGAAAGCAUAGGAAAAGCCAAUGUCACCUAUACAAGUCUGAAAACAAAAUUGACGAAUGUCAUCAGCAGUGCCACUGAUACUGAAGAAGUCCACACUAUGCUGGAUGCUCUUCUACCUCCAGACACCUACUUCAGAUUUAAUCCUUUGAUGAGUGAAGAUAUAGCUUUGGAUGAAAAUCGUAAAGAAAAGCUUAAUCAGUUGCAGACAGAUGGCAUCCGUUACUUAGAAAGAAAUGAAGAAAAGCUGAAAAAAGCUGCCAAAAUACUAACACAGGAAAAAAAUCUUUUUCAGCGAUUGAAUGACUGGAUGAGAUUAAAAGCUGACAUGUAUGAAAGCUCUCCAUUUUUUUCUAAAUUGUGAAUGUGUAAAAAAUGAAGUCAUAGGUGUGAACCUUGUUUCAGAAAUUUAUUCUGUACUGAAAGGGAUCAGCAUCAGUUACUAUGUAAUGCAAUUACUUUUGAAUAUAAUCAACAAAGUAGUUGGGGAAAAUCACUUCAGUCAGCAGUGGCAUACCACAAGCUGCUUUGGAUGGAUUCAAAGAUCUUGCUAUGAAAGCAGAAGAGACUUCCAGUCUCUUCCCUGCCCUUCUCCCCAGUCUGUAGCCCUGAGGAAGGGGGUGUUCUCUGGCUCUUUGAAGCCAGCUUUCAUCAGGAGGAUAUAGAUGCAGUAUUGGUGACAUACACUUUUUUACUCAAGCAGAAACUCAUUCCUGUCAUACAGUGGAAUCCUGGGAUUCAUUACUUCCUUGAAAUUUCCUGAAAUAACAGUAUAUAUGGUUAAUUUUUGGGAGCUUUCAAAAUCUCAUGUUAUUACUAAUUAGCAAGUAGUAAAAUUUGUUUUCAUACAAUAUUGUCAUUUUGUCUAAAGUUCUGACAAUUAUGAGAUGCAAAUUUUGUUUUGGAAAUACAGUACAUACCAAAAAUCAUGUUGACAGUUUUGUAUUUUGUGCACCUACUGUUGAACAUUUUUUAAACGGGAGAGGAAGCAAAUAAAUUAGAUUCCUCUACAAGAACAUAAGCCAGAAUUAAUAAAAGUGGUUUUGUCUCAUUGAAAUUAAUGAAGCCAAACACUCUUAGAUUCACUGAUGAUAGUUCAGCUAGGUUGCAGAUUGGAUUAUACAUUAUUAGAAACCUGUGAUAUGCCCCAGGUUUUUUGCACUGCCAUAAAAUGUGGUCUCUGCUGUUCAAGAGGCAUUGUAAAUUGCCUUAUAAGAAAAUGUGUGCACAUAAACAAAAAUCCAGUAUUUAAAAAUAUUAACUGAAUAUGCGUACUUUACCCGCUUUACUUCAUCCAUUAUGUGGCUGAUCAAGAUGAGAUCUAUCUUAGUUAAUAUUCGUUUAAUUGCUCAAUAUUUAAAUAAUUUUUCAGAGAUUCUACUCCAGAGGAAUUCCUAAUCUGAAAACAACCCUAAAUUUAGGUCUUACAAAGAAGGAAAUAAAUUUGUAAAGUGGUAUUUUAUAUUCCUGAACUGUGUUUUCCUUUGAAAUGUGUAUAUUAAGCCAGUGUACUUACAAAUUAAAUUUAAAAACUUUAUGUGCUCCAUAUUUCAUGCAUGAAUUUCUCCAAAACAUGAUUUUUUAAAUAAAUAUCUGCACUAUGUGCUGUGCUUUUUACAUUACCAAUGCUAUUACAGUGCCAAUACUUAAAAUAGCAUGAUGGGUAUGUUACAAAGGCAAUGGUGUUGUUUCAAGCACUUUGUUUUCCUUAUAUACCACCUAAACCCAUUGCUGUGCUUAGAACUUAAAAAGGGCCAAAUUCAGUGGACAUACCACAGUGACUGAGCCAAUGCAUUAUGCAAGCCUUUUUUUUUUCUCUCCCUCAGUUUUUUUUAUUUUAUUUGCCCCCUGGCUAAAGCAUGAACAUUUCCCCCAAAGCCUUUAUUGUUCUUUGAAAUUUAGAUGUUCAGAUCUUGAUGAUACUGUUUAUGGAAAGCAGAGUUUUCCAUAUCCUGAAUAUUAUGUGUAUUUAUAUAGUUUCUUCCAACUCCUGUGGAAUAUUUUACCAUGAUUCUGCCAUGAACAGUUAAAAAUGACAAUUAAAAUUUUGUUUCCUUCUC